GUGUGUCGAGGUCGACAGAUUGAGCGGGGAGUUGGUGAACAGAGUGGAUCAGAGUCGCUUUGGGGACUAGUGAGCUGCUCCUACAGCUGGCCGGAGGAGAGCUGCGGAGCCUGGAAACAUAUGAUCUGAGAAGGUGUGUCGUGUCCUCCUGUCCGCCGGUAUCAGGAUGCAGUUCUCAGUCAGACUGAGCCUCUGCCUGCUCGGCUUUGUUCUCGUUACUCUGUUCCCUCAGCCAGCGCAGGGCCAAGUUUCAUCGCCACGGAGAUUUCGUGCCAAAGUCCUGAGUCCCAGCAAGCUGCACAUCUCAUGGAAAGAACCAAAAGGAGAGUUUGAAAGCUACAAAGUGAUUUACACCACACAACCAGGUGGGAAGCAGACGGAGGUUCAGAUAUCAAAACAGGAAGCAAAGCUCAUCAUCGAGGACUUUGACCCCUCUAAAGAAUACAGCUUUAAGGUCAUUGCAGUCCAGGGAGGACAGCAAAGCAAACCUCUUCAAGCCAAACAUGAAGCUCAGCGAUCAGCCGUGGAGAUGGUUCAGUCCCAGAGGAGACCAGACAGCGGAGUCACCGAGGAAAACAACGAGAUCUCAGAAGCUGAGGAGGGGUUUAUGUGUAAGACGCCGGCCAUAGCCGACAUCGUGAUCCUGGUGGACGGCUCCUGGAGUAUCGGCCGCAUCAACUUCAGGCUGGUCAGGACGUUCCUGGAAAACCUGGUCAAGGCUUUCUCCGUUGAGUUUGACAAGACCAGGAUCGGACUGGCUCAGUACAGUGGAGACCCCAGGAUCGAGUGGCAUCUUAACGCUUACUCCACCAAAGAGGCUGUGAUUGAUGCUGUGAAGAACCUGCCGUAUAAAGGAGGAAACACACUGACAGGUCUGGCUCUGACCUUUAUCUUGGAGAACAGCUUUAAACCAGAGUCUGGAUCCAGACCCGGCGUUCCCAAAAUAGGAAUCCUCAUCACUGACGGGAAGUCUCAGGAUGAUGUGAUCCCCCCCGCACAGAGCCUGAGGGAAGCUGGGAUAGAGCUGUUUGCCAUUGGUGUGAAAAACGCCGAUGAGAAUGAGCUGAAGGCCAUCGCCUCCCCUCCCGAGGAAACUCACGUCUACAACGUGGCGGACUUCAGCGUGAUGAGCGACAUCGUGGAAGGUCUCACCAAGACGGUCUGCGAGAGAGUGGAUCAGCUCGACAAGCAGAUCAAAGGAGGAGGAGAACCUGCACCUCCGCCCACCUCUGUGUCUCCUCCUAGUGACUUGGUGACCUCGGACGUCACGGCUCGUAGUUUCCGGGUGACGUGGACUCAUGCUCCAGGCCAGGUGGAGAAGUACCGAGUGGUUUAUUAUCCUGCCAGCGGAGGACAGCCGGAUGAAAAGGUGGUCCAGGGGACACAGAACAGCGUGGAGCUCAACUAUCUGAACUCUCUGACGGAGUACCAGGUGGCUGUGUUCGCCAUCUAUCACAGCUCCGCCAGCGAGGCCCUGAGAGGAAGCGCCACCACAUUGGCUCUGCCAAUGGUGAACGACCUGGAGCUGUUCGACAUCACCCACAGCACCAUGAGGGUCCGCUGGAAGACCGCCGCCGGGGCUUCUGGGUACAUGAUCCUUUACGCCCCGCUGACGGAGGGAGACCCUGCAGACGAGAAGGAGGUGAAGGUAGCGGACUCGGUGAACGAGGUGGAGCUGGAAGGAUUGACGCCGGCUACAGAAUACACAGUAACCGUCUACGCCAUGUACGGCGAGGAGGCCAGUGACCCCAUGACCAGCCAGCAGACCACAUUACCGCUGACCCCGGCGAGGAACCUGCGUUUCUCAGAUGUGGACCACAGCUCCGCCCGGCUCACCUGGGACUCCCCCUCCAGGAAGGUCAUCGGCUACCGCGUGAUGUACGUCAAGACCAACGGAGUCCAGACCAACGAGGUGGACGUGGGCAGCGUGACGACCUGGAUGCUCAAGAACCUGACGUCAUUAACGGAGUACACAGUCGGUGUGUUUGCUGUUUACAACGAGGGACAAGCGGAGCCUGUGACUAAAAGCUUCACCACAAAGACCGUCCCAGACCCGUUGGAUCUGAGGAGCAGUGACAUCACCACAGACAGCUUCCGGGUGUCAUGGCAACACCCGGCCUCUGACGUGUUGCUGUACCGACUCACCUGGAUGCCAGCCGACGGAACAGACAGAGAGGAGGCUCUGGUGAGCGGAAACAUAAACACCUACUUGAUAAAAGGACUCAGCCCCGCCAGCGAGUACGAAGUCGUCCUGGCCGCCAUCUACAAGAACGAGGCGGAGAGCGACGAGGUCAUCCUGGUGGAGACCACCGUUGAUAGAGCAACCACCGUCGCUACGACAACCACCACCACAGCAGCUCCUCCAGCUCCUCGUUACGGAGUGAGGAACAUGAGGAUCGACGAUGAAACCACCUUCAGCAUGCGGGUGUCGUGGCAGCAGCUCGACUCCUGGAACGUCCGACAUUAUCGGCUGAGCUACAUCAGCGCCAGAGGAGACCGAGCGGAGGAGACGAGGACAGUGCCGACGGGUCAGAACAGCCUGGUUCUGCAGCCUCUGCUGUCAGAUACCGAGUACAAAAUCGCCAUCACUCCCGUUUACAUGGAAGGAGACGGACCGACAGCGGCUCGGAUGGGACGAACACUUCCUCUCUCAGCUCCGAGGAACCUGCGGGUGUCGGAGGAGUGGUACAACCGCUUCAGGAUCAGCUGGGACGCUCCACCGUCACCCACCAUGGGCUACAGAGUCGUCUACCAGCCUUUAUCUGCCCCGGGAUCAGCUCUGGAGACCUUCGUCGGCGAGGACGUGAACACCAUGCUGAUCGUCAAUCUGCUGAGUGGAACCGAGUACAGCGUCAAGGUCAUCGCCUCCUACACCACCGGAUCCAGCGAGGCCCUCGCAGGAAGGGCCAAGACCUUGUACCUGGGGGUGACCAACCUGAGUCCAUAUCAGGUGAGGAUGACCAGUAUGUGCGUCCAGUGGCAGCCUCACCGACACGCCAACGCCUACAGAGUGCUCAUCGAAUCCAUGCUCAAUGGUCAGAAGCAGGAGACGAAGCUCAGCGGAGGAGCCAACAGACACUGUUUCAACAGCCUGAAUGCCAAUACGCAGUAUAAGAUCAGUGUUUACGCAGAGCUGCAGGACGGAACGCAAGGACCUGCAGUCACUGCGUACGAGAAGACAUUACCUGUCCCAACCCCGCCGCCGACCCUCCCCCCGACCACCACCCCGCUACCCACAAUCCCUGCUGCCAUGGAAGUCUGUAAGGCGGCCCGAGCAGACCUGGUCUUCCUGGUUGACGGUUCCUGGAGUAUCGGUGAUGAAAACUUCCUGAAGAUCAUUCGUUUCCUGUACAGCACCGCCGGAGCUCUGGACCAGAUCGGCCCAGAUGGCACACAGGUCGCCAUCGCCCAGUUUAGUGAUGACGCACGAACUGAGUUCAAGCUGAACUCGUACAGCGAUAAGCAGCGACUGCUGGACGCCAUCAACAACAUCUCCUACAAGGGAGGAAACACCAAGACAGGUCGAGCCAUCCAGCACGUGAAGGAAAACAUCUUUACGGCGGAGGCAGGGAUGAGGAGAGGAAUCCCCAACGUCCUGGUGGUCCUCACCGACGGCCGAUCCCAGGAUGACGUCAACAAGGUUUCUAAGGAGAUGCAGAUGGAAGGUUAUAUCGUGUUUGCUAUCGGCUUCGCUGACGCUGACUACGGGGAGCUGGUGAGCAUCGCCAGUAAACCCAGCGACAGACACGUCUUCUUCGUGGACGACCUGGACGCCUUUAAGAAGAUCGAAGAGAAGCUGGUGACCUUUGUGUGCGAAGCCGCCACUGCCACUUGUCCAGCAGUACCGAUGAGUGGCAGCACAACACCAGGUUUCCGUAUGAUGGAGCUGUUUGGGCUGGUGGAGAAUCGGUACAGCAGCGUCUCUGGUGUUUCCAUGGUACCCGGCACCUUCAACACCUUCCCCUGUUUCCACCUGCACAGUGACGCUCUGCUGGCUCAGCCAACCAGGUACAUCCAUCCUGAAGGGCUGCCCUCAGACUACACGAUUACCCUGCUGUUCAGACUGCUACCCAACACCCCCGAGGAGCCGUUCGCCAUCUGGGAGAUCCUGAACAAGAACAACGAGCCGCUGGUUGGAGUCAUCCUGGACAACGGAGGAAAGACUCUGACGUUCUUCAACAACGACUACAAAGGAGAUUUCCAGACUGUCACCUUCGAGGGGCCAGAAAUCAAAAAACUCUUCUACGGCAGCUUUCAUAAGCUUCACAUCGCCAUCAGCAAGACCAGCGCCAAAGUGGUGAUCGACUGCAAGCUGGUGACAGAGAAAACCAUCAACGCAGCGGGAAACAUCACCACAGACGGACUGGAAGUUCUGGGCAGGAUGGUCCGCUCCAGAGGGAACAAGGACAACUCAGCACCGUUUCAGCUCCAGAUAUUUGACAUCGUCUGCAGCACUUCGUGGGCAAACAGAGACAAGUGCUGCGAACUUCCUGGUCUGAGGAAAGAGGUAGACUGCCCGGCGCUGCCCAAAGCCUGCACCUGCACCCAGGAUAGCAAAGGUCCCGCCGGCCCUGCUGGACCACCAGGAGGCCCAGGAAUCAGAGGAGCCAGAGGUGAUCGUGGAGAGCCGGGCCCGGUGGGGCCAACGGGUCCAGUUGGUGAUAUAGGUGUACCAGGACCUCAGGGACCCCAAGGACCACAGGGACCCAGUGGACGCUCCAUCAUGGGGCCCCCUGGUGCUCAAGGUGAGAGAGGACAGAAAGGUGAAGCUGGACAACAAGGAACGCAGGGAAUUCCUGGUAGAGCUGGAGAACCAGGCAGAGAGGGACCUGCAGGAUCCAGAGGACUGCCAGGAAAAGACGGACCCCCAGGCAGAGAGGGCCCCACAGGGAUUAUUGGGACUCCAGGAGCCCCAGGGGCCCCAGGAAACACGGGCCCUCCAGGAAAACAGGGAGAACUGGGACCACCGGGUCCUCCUGGAAACAAGGGAGACAAGGGUGAACGGGGUGACCUCCAGUCGACAGCAUCAGUUCAGGCCAUCGCCAGGCAGGUCUGUGAGCAGCUGAUUCAGAGUCACAUGGCUCGCUACAACUCCAUCCUCAACCACGUACCCAGCCCGCCAGUGUCCAUCCGCACCGUGCCGGGACCCCCCGGAGAGCCCGGCCGAAAUGGAUCCCCAGGGCCUCAGGGAGAACAAGGGCCCCCAGGAAGACCUGGCUUCCCAGGACAGAACGGACAGAACGGGCAACCAGGAGAAAGAGGUCAACCAGGAGAGAAGGGUGAGAAGGGAUCUCAAGGUGUGGGAGUCCAAGGCCCCAGAGGACCUCCAGGAGCUCCCGGAGCCAAUGGGCAGGGCAGACCUGGCAGUCAGGGUCCAUCAGGGCGACCUGGAAAUCCCGGAGCCUCUGGUCGGCCAGGGGUCCCUGGACCGGUCGGACCUGCGGGACCUCCGGGCUACUGCGACCAGAACUCCUGUAUGGGCUACAAUGUUGGAGAGCGCGAGGAUGUCACUGAUGGCGGCGCUAUCCCCGCAGUCCAACUGCCGCCCAACCUCUUCCAGAACUACGGUGAGGCGGAGGAGGACGACCCGUACCGCUACUACCAGCCUAACUACCCGGCCCCGCGGCCCGUGCAGCCCGACGACCCCGCGCUGUUCCCCGACAACAUCGAGCUGAGGUCCCCCGGAGUCCACCGCAGCUCCCGCAGCCUGGACGGGGAGGAGGAGACACUCGGGCAGAAAAGGAGACUAAUGAGAGGCGCCAAGAAGCUGCCUGGACUAACUAACUGAGAGGAGGUGACUGGAGGACGCGGAGGGCCGCUCGCUGAUUCUGAUUGGGCGGUUUGGAGCCGUUACGGACUAAUCAACAAGUGCCUGAUGUAGAGGAUUUCUUAUGGACAUUGUAGAGGGGACGGGGUGGGGGUAACUCAUCUAUGCUAUUCAAGAAAACUGUUUUUUUUAUUUGUUUUUGUUAUUUUAAUUGUUUUAAAAUGGAUUGAGCUUAUCUGGGGUUUAUAUUUCACAGCUCUCUUUAUGUCACAAGACCUCUCUCAAGUAUCUAAAACAUUUCGUCAUCAAAUUCAUCGGAUUCAUUUAGCAGGUCCUGCUUUAGGUUCUAGUUUCUCUUCAGUUUUGUUGUUUGUUAUUUACCUGGUUGGUGAAGUGCCUCCUAACGGUGCAGCAGGUAGUACUACUCACUCAGUAGUACUACUUCAGAUUUAGUUUCUAAAAUACUUAUAUAAUAAAGUUGCACUUCCUAGCUUAAA